AUCGUUCAGCGCGUUCUGUCCGCCUCUGUGACAGUCGAUAAGGAGGUUAUCUCCUCUAUUGGCAAAGGUGUCCUAGUCCUUGCUGCUGUCGCCCCUGGUGAUACCGAAAAGGAAGCCGAGGCCCUGGCGACCAAGGUAUUAAAGCUCAAGAUGUGGGAUGACGAGGCGGGUGGCAGAUGGAAGAAAAAUGUUCAAGAUAUUUCUGGGGAAGUACUCUGUGUCUCCCAGUUCACACUCUUUGCCAAGAUAAACAAGAACAAGCCUGACUUCCGCCUCUCGGCGCCAGCUGAAGACGCCAAGAGGCUCUACCACUGCUUCCUGCAGAAGGUUCAAGAAAAUUACACUACAGACAAAGUUAAAGAUGGAAGAUUCCAAGCCAUGAUGGAGGUUGCUCUCGUCAAUGAUGGCCCCGUAACUCUCGAGUUGAACACGGACCCUGCCCCGAAGCAAUGA